GGGAGGCGGGGAGGAGGUGGAUGAGCAAUGAAUGGCUUAGCCCCGUUUUCCCGCAGGAGCUACCGCCCAUUCACGGUCUAUGCAGGCACCAGCUGGCGGCAGCAUCUUUUAGGUUCGAGCUCCUGGAAGGCGAAGGCUGGCUAGGGGGCCAGGAGCCCAUAGGGCACACCGCGGGACUCCCAGCCCCCAGACUACUCCCGGCUGCGCCCGGCUUCAAGACGCUCUCGGCUUUAUGAGGCUCGGUUACCGCGGAGUCCUCCAUUAACACCUCCUCUGGUUAUUUAGAGGCUGUAAGGGCUGGACCAGCCUCAGAGCGCGUGUCGGGGCACCGGCCCACGUCGUACCCUCUGCCCUGUCCUCCCUCCUCCUCCGUCCGAUUUGAAAGCACAAACAGAAAAUAAAAGACAGGUGGAGGGAGCCGAAGGUCAGAGAGGGACUUCUGGCUAGACUCGGGGACUGGCCCGCACCUUUGGCCGACACCUCCCACCCUCCAAGCGCCCAGCACCAAAUUCCUGGGGGAAAUAUCUGACAUCUGGACAUCAAGUGCAACCACUACCACCAGACAGCGUAAUCAACUCCUUUCGCUCUAAGAAUGCUGAACGGCACCACGCUAGAGGCAGCCAUGCUGUUCCACGGGAUCUCCGGAGGCCACAUCCAAGGCAUCAUGGAAGAGAUGGAGCGCAGAUCCAAGACCGAGGCCCGUUUGGGUAAAGGCGCUCAGCUCAACGGCCGCGACGCGGGGAUGCCCCCGCUGAGCCCGGAGAAGCCCGCUCUGUGCGCGGGGUGCGGGGGCAAGAUCUCGGACAGGUACUACUUGCUGGCCGUGGACAAGCAGUGGCACCUGAGGUGCCUGAAGUGCUGUGAAUGUAAGCUGGCGCUGGAGUCGGAGCUCACCUGCUUCGCCAAGGACGGCAGCAUUUACUGCAAGGAGGAUUACUACAGAAGGUUCUCUGUGCAGAGAUGUGCCCGCUGCCACCUUGGCAUUUCUGCCUCCGAGAUGGUCAUGCGCGCCCGAGACUCUGUCUACCACCUGAGCUGCUUCACCUGCUCCACCUGCAACAAGACCCUGACCACGGGGGACCAUUUCGGCAUGAAGGACAGCCUGGUGUACUGCCGCGCCCACUUCGAGACCCUCUUGCAAGGAGAGUAUCCACCGCAGCUGAGCUACACGGAGCUGGCGGCCAAGAGCGGCAGCUUGGCCCUUCCUUACUUCAACGGCACCGGCACCGUGCAGAAAGGGCGGCCCCGGAAACGGAAGAGCCCGGCGCUGGGAGUGGACAUCGUCAAUUACAACUCAGGUUGUAAUGAGAAUGAGGCAGACCACUUGGACCGGGACCAGCAGCCUUAUCCACCCUCACAGAAGACCAAGCGCAUGCGAACCUCCUUUAAGCACCAUCAGCUCCGGACCAUGAAAUCCUACUUUGCCAUCAACCAUAACCCGGAUGCCAAGGACCUCAAGCAACUUGCUCAGAAAACAGGACUGACCAAAAGAGUUUUGCAGGUUUGGUUCCAAAACGCAAGAGCCAAAUUCAGAAGGAACCUUUUGCGGCAGGAGAAUGGGGGUGUUGAUAAAGCCGAUGGCGCGUCGCUUCCGGCCCCGCCCUCAGCAGACAGCGGAGCUCUCACUCCACCCGGCACUGCGACCACUUUAACAGACCUGACCAAUCCCACUAUCACUGUAGUGACAUCUGUGACCUCUAACAUGGACAGCCACGAAUCCGGAAGCCCCUCACAAACUACCUUAACGAACCUUUUCUAACAUUGGUUUAUUUUUUUUAAACUCUUCCUCUUCUUUUCAUUAUUCUAAUUAUUAUUAUUUUAUUAUUUACAAGACUUUUUUUUUUCCUUCUAACCCAUAAACUAUUUGGGGAAUAAACAUAACAGCUUGGUGUGUAGCAUCUGCAGCCACUUGGCAAAUGAGUUUACAGUUUUGUCUCCUUUAAGAAACGUAGUUUUUCUGCAAAGUGUAUUUGGAUUUUUUUUUCUCUAAUUAGGUCUCUUAGUCGGUGACAGGAGUUUUGAAUCAUUCUAAUAAGUGCCUCUUAAAAUUGUAUGUUACUUAUUUCCAGAAUCUAGGAGAAAAAAAAAAAUGAGUGGUAUAAUGACGGGCAAGUAAUCAUAUUUCCGCUUCAGUGAUUAGAACAAUGAAUCAGAUAAUUAAUUAGUUAUUUUAAAAAUCUUGUAACUAUGUAUCAUUAUGGAACUUUGAAAAUUGCACAUUUUAAAAGCUUUAAAACUGAAAAAAUGUACUGAGUAUUCCUAUUUCUUACCCGAACUGUUAAU